UGGGUUUAUGGGAUUACGGCUAUUAUGGUAUUUUUCACGGAGUGUAAGUGGGAAAGUAAGUUCCGGGUGCUAACGCUACAGAACGUUGGCGAGAGAAGAAGACAUCCGUCGAGACAGCUCAACGAACCAGCAGUGAGCUCUAGGACGCCGCUGUAUCGACAAUCCGCGGCUAGUGCGCGCAAAGUGCAGUUAGUAACCGUGUACCUUAAGUAUUAUUACGAUCGUCGAUCAAUAGAUCACCAUAGUUGUCGGUUAUACAUUAUCAGCUACAGUUACUAUUGACGGUGUUGUUUUUUUUUUGUUUUCGUAAUUUGUGCUUUGAAAUUGUUCGUCUAUACAUUCGGUUUUUUUUUUGUUCAUAAAAUUACUAUCUUUUGUGGAUUAGAACAAACAACAACAUGAUGGCUAAACGAAUGGUUCAAACAAUAAUAUUACUAACUACUUUAAUAAGUUUCUACAACACAGUAGAAGCUGAAGAUAAGACACUUAUUAGAAUACGAAGAGAACCGCCUUCGAAUUAUGGACCACCAAAACCAUCAAGACCCAGACCAGUUUAUGGACCACCAAAAUCUAGUGGUCGGCCUAAACCAGUUUAUGGUCCACCACCAAAACCUCAAUAUGGACCUCCACCAAAGUCAAAAUACGGUCCACCCAAACCAAACUAUGGACCUCCAAAACCAAAUUAUGGACCUCCAAAACCUGUAUACGGACCACCACCAAAGACAAAAUAUGGACCCCCUAAACCAGUAUAUGGCCCUCCAUCAAAACCAAUACAAUCUUACGGACCACCAAAACCAGUUUAUGGACCACCAUCUGGAGGAGGAUUUAAACCUUCCACUUCAUAUGGAGCUCCACCAUCGUUUUCAUAUGGAGUUCCACCAUCAUCUUCAUAUGGAGCACCUCCAUCAUCGUCAUAUGGAGCUCCACCCUCGUCUUCAUAUGGAGCUCCACCCUCGUCUUCAUAUGGAGCUCCACCGUCGUCUUCAUAUGGAGCUCCACCGUCAACUAAUUAUGGAGCUCCACCGUCAUCUUCUUAUGGAGCACCAUCACAAAGUCAAUCAUCUUCAUAUGGAUCAUCUUCUUUGAAAUCUUUCCCUUCUUUAACAUAUGAUGCUCCAUUGCUACCCUCUUCUUAUGGCGCACCAUCACAACCAUCGUCGUCUUACGGCGCCCCAUCUCCUCCCUCGUCAUCGUACGGUGCACCAUCACGACCGUCGUUAUCGUACGGUGCACCCACACAACCAUCGUCUUCAUACGGCGCACCGUCACAACCAUCGUCAUCGUACGGAGCACCAUCACGACCAUCGUCAUCAUACGGAGCACCAUCACAGCCAUCAUCAUCAUACGGUGCACCAUCACAACCAUCGUCGUCUUACGGCGUACCAUCUCCUCCCUCGUCGUCGUACGGUGCACCAUCACGACCCUCGUCAUCAUACGGCGCGCCAUCACAACCAUCGUCAUCGUACGGAGCACCAUCACAGCCAUCGUCAUCGUACGGGGCACCAUCACAGCCAUCAUCAUCAUACGGUGCACCAUCACAACCAUCGUCAUCGUACGGAGCACCAUCACAGCCAUCAACAUCAUACGGUGCACCAUCACAACCAUCGUCAUCGUACGGAGCACCAUCACAGCCAUCAACAUCAUACGGUGCACCAUCACAACCAUCGUCAUCGUACGGCGCGCCAUCACAACCAUCGUCAUCGUACGGAGCACCAUCACAGCCAUCAUCAUCAUAUGGUGCACCAUCACAACCAUCGUCAUCUUACGGCGCCCCAUCACAACCAUCGUCAUCGUACGGGGCACCAUCACAACCAUCGUCAUCGUACGGGGCACCAUCACUACCAUCGUCAUCAUACGGCGCCCCAUCACCACCAGCAACAUCUUAUGGAGUACCGACAAAUAACUAUAACGAACCAUCUUCUAGUCAUUCGAUUUCAAUAACCCCUUCUGUUUCACUUCCCGUCCCAUCAACUGCAUAUGGAGCACCUUCUAACAGACCUUCGUCUUCAUAUGACUCUCCUUCUAAAGACCCAUCAUCAUCCUAUGGAACCCCAACUUCUGGAUCAUUUAGUUCGUUCGGGUCUUCUUCUCAUAGUAACAACUUAGAUUCAUUUAAUAUAGGAAGUUUAUUUAAUUCCCGUACUCAAUUUAGUGCACCAAUACCUUCAAUUACCUAUGGUUCACCUAAAGGAAAUGGAGACAUUCAAGGCUCUUACAGUAGUAUAUCAAACUCUGUUUCAUAUCUAGAACCAAAUUCUCAUUCAACAAUGGUCAACUCAUAUGGAGAACCAACUAAUAAAAGAGAUUCAAGCCAAUUAUCAGAAGACUCAUUUCAUAUGGUUAGCUCACAAUACAACACUCAGAGUCCAGAUACACAAACAACGCCGUCAAACAUAUUACAAAGACGCCACAAAGAAUCUUUAGAAAGCACUGAUAGCGCGUCGUCUUCAAAUUUAGAUGAAAAACUGAAGGGGAAAAAAGUAGUUGUAAACGACAAACUAAAUGCGUACUUAAAAUACAUAGCUAAGAGUACACAAAAGCCAGAUAUAGGUUUUCAGGCACCUAAAAAGACUUUUAGUUUUAACUACGAAGAAUCACCAUCUCAAGUAAACGAUAGCCUUGCUUCACUAAGUGAUAAUUCUCCAAUUAAUCAUAGAAGUAAUGAAUAUAAUUCUGAACAAAAUUCAAGUGCUCAUACUUAUUCUGACAAUCAAUGGAAAAUCACUGAAAGUCUAUGAUAAAAUUACAAAAUUCUGUAUUUUAUACUUUUAUGUUAACGUGUUUAACUAUUGUGAAAUAUGCAAUAUUAUUUUGCCAACUCUCAAGUUCUAAUACUUGAAAGAAUGUUGUGGUAUGAAUAUUAUCAAAUAACCUAUUUUUUGACUAUAUUUAAUGGUGAGUCACUUAAAUUAUAUAUUAAGAUUUAGACGAAUAAAUAUAUACCAUAUUUAAAUAUAUAUAUUUUACCUAUGUACUUUUUUUUUGUUAUGUCAAACUAAAGGUGAAAUAAAUUUACAAAUUUGUAUAUUGAAAUGUAAUCACCACAGCACUAAUGUAAUGUAAAAGAGAGAUAGUGAUAAAAACACACUUUUUACAUUAAAAUCUAAAAAUGUGUGAUUUUUUUACUUUGUACUUAGCAUAUAAAUGUAUAAUUUAAUUUCAAUAUAUUAUUAUAAUAAUUAAAAUAUAAGAAACACUAUCUAUUAUAAUAUUAUUUACCAUAUAUUAAAAAUUUUAAAAACAAAAUUAAUCAUUCCCUCAUAAUAUUAUCAUUUUAGUACUAAAAAUAUUUCAACAUAGUACAUCAUAACCGCCACAAAAUUCAAAAUCGACAAAUAUAUUAGUACAUCUUAUAAUACAUAAUACAAAUGUAUAUCGUACAUAAUAUGCGUAUUGCAGUAUUGUAUACACUAUUAAAAAUAAGUUCAUUAAUAUGAUAUUAUAAUAAAUAACUCAACUCAGUAGCGCAUCUAUAAUUUUUUUAUGGGAGUUACUAAUGUUAAGGUCUCGUAUU